UAGGUCCAAUAACAAUAAUUCUAUGGAUGAGCUAGUAGCUACUUUUCUUAUUUGAAGUGCUACUAGCUAGUUGUAUAUUUCUUUAAUUCUCUCCUAUUAUCAUCAGUUGAUCUCUUACCACAACUAUAUAAUUUAUCAACAUACAUUUUUUUUUCUUUUCAAAUAAAUUAACUAAAUCAAUGGCAUCAUCUUCUGCUUCUACGAGUACUUUACAGUUUCCUCGGUGGAACUACAAAGUCUUUCUAAGUUUUAGAGGUGAAGAUACUCGAAAAAUAUUUACAGGUCACCUCUUCAAAGGCUUGGAAAACAGUGGAAUAUUCACGUUUCAAGAUGAUAAAAGGCUAGAGCAUGGCGCAUCAAUACCAAAUGAACUCUUGAAAGCUAUCGAGCAGUCUCAAGUUGCUCUCGUCAUUUUCUCAAAGAAUUAUGCCACAUCUAGGUGGUGCUUAGAUGAGUUAGUGAAGAUCAUGGAAUGUAAGGAUCAAUGCGGACAAACUGUCAUACCAGUCUUCUAUGAUGUGGAUCCAUCACAUGUUCGGAAACAGAGGGAGAGCUUUGCUGAAGCCUUUGACAAACAUGAAACAAGCUAUAAGGAUGAUGAUGAAGGAAUGCUGAAGCUCCAAAGAUGGAGGAAUGCUCUAACUGCUGCCGCAAAUCUAAAAGGAUAUGAUGUCCGUGACGGGAUUGAAGCAGAGAAUAUUCAGCACAUUAUCGACCAAAUUUCUAAAUUGUGCAAUAGUGCUACUUUAUCUUCUUUGCGAGAUAUUGUGGGAAUAGAUACUCACUUGGAGAAAUUAAAGUCCCUACUUAAGGUAGGAAUUUAUGAUGUUCGGAUCAUAUUGGGGAUCUGGGGCAUGGGCGGUCUAGGGAAGACGACAAUAGCAAGAGCCAUUUUUGACACUUUAUCUCAUAAAUUUGAAGCUGCUUGUUUCCUUAUGGAUAUUAAAGAAAAUGAAAAAAGACAUCAACUGUAUUCUUUGCAAAACACCCUUCUCUCUGAAUUGUUAAGAAGAAAAGAUGAUUAUGUCAAUAAUAAGGAUGAUGGGAAGCGGAUGAUUCCGGACAAACUUUGCUCUAAGAAGGUGCUAAUUGUGCUUGAUGAUAUAGAUCAUAAAGAUCAUUUAGAGUAUUUAGCUGGUAAUCUUGAUUGGUUUGGUGAUGGCAGUAGAAUUAUUGUAACAACUAGAGACAAGCAUUUCAUAGAGAAGAAUGAUGUAAUAUAUGAAGUGACUGCACUACCUGAGAAGGAAUCCAUGCAAUUGUUCAAUCAACAUGCUUUCGGAAAAGAAUUUCCAAAUGAGCAUUUUAAGGAGCUUUCAUUGGAGGUUGUAAAUUAUGCUAAAGGCCUUCCUUUAGCCCUCAAAGUGUGGGGUUCUUUGCUGCAUAACCUAGGCUUAACUGAAUGGAAAAGUGCGAUAGAGCACAUGAAAAUUAAUUCUAAUUCGGAAAUUGUUGAAAAGCUCAAAAUCAGUUAUGAUGGAUUGGAGCCCAUCCAAAAAGAGAUGUUUCUAGAUAUAGCAUGCUUAUUGCGAGGGCAAGAAAAAGAUUACGCCAUGCAAGUUCUUGAGAGUUGUCAUAUUGGAGCUGAAUACACAUUGCGUAUUUUAAUUGACAAAUCUCUUGUGUUCAUCUCUGAAAAUGAUGAGAUUCAAAUGCACGACUUUAUAGAAGAUAUGGGUAAAUAUAUAGUGAACUUGCAAAAGAAUCCGGGAGAACGCAGCAGAUUAUGGCUCGCCGAGGAUUUUGAAGAAAUCAUGACCAAUAAUGCAGGGACCACAAUGGAAGCAAUCUUUCUUGCUAAUUUCAAUAAUGGUAGAUUACGCUUUAGCAAAAAGGCCAUGAAAAAUAUGAAAAGGCUUAGGAUAUUUAACAUUAAUGUCGACAUAUUUGAGGAGAGGUUGUCGCCCCGUUAUGCCAUUGAGUAUCUGCCCAACAACUUGCGUUGGUUUGUGUGGAAAAACUAUCCUUGGAAGUCAUUACCAUCUACAUUUGAACCCAAAAUGCUUGUUCACCUUGCACUCUCGGAUAGUUCACUGCGUUAUUUAUGGAUGAAAACAAAGCAUUUGCCGUCUCUACGGAGGAUAGAUCUCAGCGGGUCUAGAAGACUGAUGCGAACACCGGAUUUCACGGGGAUGCCAAAUUUGGAGUAUUUGAAUCUGUUUUGUUGUGAUAAUCUUGAAGAGGUUCAUCAUUCCCUGGGAUGUUGCAACAAACUCAUUCGGUUAGUUUUGUUUCAUUGUCGUCGCCUUAAGAGGUUUCCAUGUGUUAACAUGGAAUCUCUUGAAUAUCUGGAUUUAAUAUAUUGCUCUAGUUUAGAGAAAUUUCCAGAAAUACACGGGAGAAUGAAGCCGGAGAUACAGAUUCACAUGCGAAGCUCUGGGAUAAGGGAACUACCAUCCUCUAUUUUUCAAUACCAAACUCAUAUUACCGAGCUAAAUUUGAGUUAUAUGAAAAACCUUUUAGCUCCUCCAAGCAGCAUCUGUAGGAUGAAAAAUUUGGUUAUUUUAGAUGUGUCGGAGUGCUCAAAACUUGAAAGCCUGCCAGAAGAGAUAGGGGAUUUAGAAAACUUGGAAAAGCUUGAUGCCAGCUGGACUCUAAUUUCACGACCUCCAUCUUCCAUCGCACGCUUGAACAAACUUAAAGUAUUGGAUUUUGGAUUCGUACGGGAUAGAGUGCACUUUGAGUUCCCUCCAGUGGCUGAAGGAUUACGCUCAUUGGAAAUUCUGAAUCUCAGGUACUGCAAUCUAAUAGAUGGAGGACUUCCGGAAGACAUUGGAUCCUUAUCCUCUUUGAAAGAGUUGAAUCUCCAUGGAAAUAAUUUUGAGCAUUUGCCUCGAAGCAUAGCCCAACUUGGUGCUCUUCGAUCCUUAGACUUAUCAUAUUGCCAGAGGCUUACACGGCUACCAGAACUUCCCCCUAAAUUAAAUAUAUUGCAUGUUGAUUGUCAUAUGGCUCUGAAAUUUAUCCAUGAUUUAGUAACAAAGAGGAAGAAACAACAGAGGGUGAUAUUCAAACCACUGUAUUAUAAGGAUGAUGCACACAACGAUGCUAUAUAUAAUUUGUUUGCACAUGCUCUGUUUCAGAAUAUCUCUUCCUUGAGGCAUGACAUCUCUGCUUCAGAUUCAUUGUCCGAAAGUGUGUUUACCAUUGUGCAUAUUGAGAGGAAGAUCCCAAGUUGGUUCUUCUAUCAGGGAACGGAUAGUAGUGUAUCAGUUAAUUUGCCUGGAAAUUGGUAUAUACCUGAUAAAUUCUUGGGAUUUGCUGUAUGUUACUCUGGCAGAUUAGUUUACACUGCAACUCAAUUGAUUCCCGUAGGUAAUGACACAAUGUCGUGGAUGAUCCAGGAACUAUACUUAUCCAACCCUUCAGAAUCUGAUUCAGAAUAUUAUAUACGUUUUUUCUUUGUACCUUUUGCUGUCUUAUGGGAUACAUCUAAGGCAAAUGGAAAAACACCAAAUGACUAUGGGAUUAUUAGGCUAUCUUUUUCUGGAGUAAUGAAGAAGUAUGGACUUCGUUUGUUGUAUAAAGAUGAACACCAUGACACCCUGACCGAUGCAGCCAGUUCCUGUCGCAUACUGUAAUAACAUUAGAAACAAAGGUCACAUUCUAAUGAAAGUAAUUUGCAAGUGUGGAAACCCUUUGCUCUAAAGCCGGUAGCAUUGCCUAUGAAGAGCAUAUGUUUCCUUUGUUUGUAGCAGAACAACUAGACUGUUGGCCUGAGAAAGAGAUUCACGAGAGAACUAACUUGGGUAGACUUUCAAAAACCAAUUCAGAUGAAUGUUCGCGAAGCAAGAAAGCUGUGCCACAAUGGAUGGAUGAAAGAAGCCUUGGAACUAUUAGCAAGCGGACCAAAGGGGAACUAUUUCUAGGAAUCAAACAUACUUCCAGCAGUCGAGCAACUAUUCUUCAUUUGGGAUGUAGAGCUCAACUAGUCUUGUAUUCUCUCCAUCAGAAGUUGCUUGUCGUAAUGAUCAUGCUCUAACUUUAGCAAUACACUUUUGCAGGGCCAUUUUCAUAUCUGUACCAAGUUAAAUGUGGAGGUUCAGUUUAGUAUAUAUAGAGGGAGUAAAACAUCUUCUUAAAUA